CUAGCGCACCCCCAGUGGCUACCCACAGGAGGAGGUGGCGGCAGUGACUGGGCCGGCGGCCCGCACCUGGAACACGGCAAGGCGGGCGGCGGCAGCACCGGCCGAGCCGACGACGGCGGAGGAGGAGGUUUCCACGCUCGCCUAGUGCACCAGGGGGCGGCCCACGCGGGCGCGGCAUGGGCGCAGGGUGGCACAGCGCACCACUUAGGCCCAGCCAUGUCUCCGUCGCCCGGGGCCGGCGGGGGCCACCAGCCCCAGCCGCUCGGGCUGUACGCGCAGGCGGCCUACCCGGGGGGCGGCGGCGGCGGCCUGGCCGGGAUGCUGGCGGCGGGUGGCGGUGGCGCGGGGCCGGGCCUGCACCACGCGCUGCACGAGGACGGCCACGAGGCUCAGCUGGAGCCGUCGCCGCCGCCGCAUCUGGGCGCCCACGGACACGGACACGCACACGCGGGCGGCCUGCACGCAGCAGCGGCGCACCUGCACCCGGGCGCGGGCGGCGGCGGCUCGUCGGUGGGCGAGCACUCGGACGAGGAUGCGCCCAGCUCAGACGACCUGGAGCAGUUUGCCAAGCAGUUCAAGCAGCGGCGCAUCAAGCUGGGCUUUACGCAGGCCGACGUGGGGCUGGCGCUGGGCACGCUCUACGGUAACGUGUUCUCGCAGACCACCAUCUGCCGCUUCGAGGCCCUGCAGCUGAGCUUCAAAAACAUGUGCAAGCUUAAGCCGCUGCUCAACAAGUGGCUGGAGGAGACCGACUCGUCCAGCGGCAGCCCCACCAACCUGGACAAGAUCGCGGCGCAGGGCCGCAAGCGCAAGAAGCGCACGUCCAUCGAGGUGGGAGUGAAAGGCGCGCUCGAGAGCCACUUUCUCAAGUGCCCCAAGCCCUCGGCGCACGAGAUCACGGGCCUAGCCGACAGCCUGCAGCUGGAGAAGGAGGUGGUGCGCGUCUGGUUCUGCAACCGGCGGCAGAAGGAGAAGCGCAUGACCCCUGCGGCUGGCGCGGGCCACCCACCCAUGGACGACGUUUACGCGCCUGGGGAGCUAGGGCCCGGUGGGGGCGGCGCGUCGCCGCCCUCGGCGCCCCCGCCGCCCCCGCCAGCCGCUCUGCACCACCAUCACCACCACACACUGCCCGGCUCGGUGCAGUGACCCUGCGGGCUGGGCCCCCGCCGGCGUGUAACAGGGCGCGGGCGCGCAGCCCGCCCGCGCGGCAUGGACUCUUUUUGUUCGGUUGCUUUGGAUUUUACAAAAAGCCCAGAAACUUUCGAACAAAACCAAACAUCCGGACGACCCUCUCCGGUGAUUAGCGAAGACGGCCGGUAGGCUGCGUCGCCCAAGUCCCAGGAGAGAGGAGUGAAGAUCCGGAACUCGCCAACUCACCCCGGGCAUCCUGCCCGUCGCCUGCUCUCUGCCCCCAUCCCCUCGACGACCCCCGCCCCUGCCCCUCGGGCUGUUCGGGGCCGGAUCCCGGCAGCGGCCUCCCCACAGCGACAGGUAACGCAGUGCGAGGUGAGGGAUUCCCCGGGAGAGGGGACGAAAAGAGGAGAGUUCCCCAUCCCCUCUCCCCGCGCGGACUCCCGAGCCUGCGGGUCAGGGGUGGGGGGCUGACACUCUAUUCGCUCCACGCCUCUUCUCUUCUCUAAGGAUGCGCCCCACCCCUCCUUCCCCUUUCUCCGGGCUUGGUUUUAUACGGUUUUUAUUUAUUCGUGGAGCCUCUCAGCUCCUGGGGUCCUUCUAACUCCGCCCGCGCCCUUAAUUUAAAUCGCUGUAUACUGUAUUUAUCCGGGCCCUGGAGGGGAGGUCGCGAGAGCCACGUCUGUGUAUAAAAGCAGGAAAUAGCCAAAGCUUUAAUCUAGCCUAAUUUAUUUUUGCCCUUAUCUUCCCUUACCCUCCCCCC